AAUAAAGCGUCCAUCGCCCUCUAAGUCUCUAACCUCGCCGUGACGCAGUCUUCCUUCUUCUUCUCCUCUUACCUCGAGCGACGGAGGCAUCUCUUCUUCUUCUUCAAACCUGCUGCUCGCUGUAUUCUACCACUCUACUGAGUUUUCUUCUUUUUUCAGGAUGACAGACUGCAAAUCAGUGCCCAUUUUGUCAAGAACUACCCGCCGCCUCGAUUGCCGUCUAACUUGUGGCAGUCAUCCACUCAUUUCUUUUCAACCCCAUUAACUUUUCGUUGCUGCCGUCGUGAUCGCUAAUCCUUGUGCUUGUUGUGAUCGCCGCUCCCAUCCACAGCUGUAAUUGUUGCUUCUGCUCCUACCAAUCCCUCUCUUCUAUCCUCGUUGUUCUUGAUGCGUAAACUGGGGUACCUGAACAAGCAAAUUAAUGGCAAGCAAAGCUCUGAAAACUGUGGCUAAAGCUGUUUCCGAAUACCAGUAUCCAUGGAGAGAAAAAUUGGCAAAACAUAAGGAUGAGUUAUCCAAGGGUGUGUGGGGUUAUUGGCAGCUAGGAGCUUGGACACCACUUCACAUUAGUGCUCGCAAACGAGCUAGACUUCGCAAGGAAGUCCUGCUUGCAGGCCAAGAUUGGCCUUAUGAUCCAGAGAGGAAAGAAAUGAGAGUGAAGAUGAAAGGGCACAAGUGUGAUAAAAUAUCUGCAGAAAAACGGCAGAACACCGCCAAACUGAUGGAGAAAAUGCCAGAUAUGUUGAAGGCGUACAAGAAGCGAAGAUGGGAGAAGAAAAUGAAGGAAGAAGAGAAGAAAAUAAAGGAGUAAAUAAGUUGAUGGUUCUCUCUAUGCUCGUUCCCUUUCUCAGAGGUUGCUUUUUACUGCAGCUCUUUUGUUCCUGAAUGAACUUGGUAUAAUUUACAUACAUACUAUGUUACUCUUUGUUUAUUUCUUUGGUUCAAGGGAAACAAACAUUCGGUGUUCUGCUUUGAAUGGGAUAAAAUGAUGGAGACAGAACAUUAAGUUCACAUUCGAAACA